GUGCGCGACAGAGACGUUGCAGCUCGACGACUGACAAGACAAUAUUGUGGAGGGCAAAUGCGGGUGGAUUGAAUAAGUCAUAUGCGCUCACUGUGAGGAUUCUCAGCGUCGAGACAACCAUGCUAGGUUUCUCGCAGGCUUUGUCCAGACUCCUCCAAGUCCAAUCGAUCUUCAGCUUCGGUGGUAACUUCUCAACACUGACGUCGGGGUCUUCAUCGAUCAAACCCACGUUGUCAAGCACCCAGCCUUUGGCAGAGGCAGCUGUCCCUAGAGCAUUCUCUACGCAGACAACCAUGCAGAACCACUCGGAAGCGGACAUUGAUCGAAUCCUCAAUUUCUGGUUCAAGCCACCUGUAGCGCCGACGCAUUGGUUUGGAAGCACGCCGACGAUCGACCAACAGAUCGAGAAUGAGUUUUUGCCGCUGAUCAAAGCUGGACGGGCACACCAACUGGACCACUGGAUGGCCACAGCACGAGGAAGCCUGGCUCUGAUCAUUCUGUUGGAUCAAUUCCCACGAAACGUGUUUCGGGGAUUGGGAGACGCCCACGCCAGCGACGCACGUGCCUGCGAACUGGCGUUGAACUCCAUCGCUUGCGAGAUGGACCGCACCAUCGGCGACAACCUCAUGGCCAUGUUCUUCUACCUGCCCCUUAUGCACGACGAAACUAUCUCCUCGCAGGUCGCCUGUGUUGCCCUGAUUGAGGCCUUGGCUGCCCGCUGCGAUGGCACCCCCGGUGGGGCAAGGGACUUUGUCGUCUCUAGCUUAGGCUUCGCAAAGUCUCACCGUGACACUAUUGUCCGCUUCGGCCGGUUUCCUAGUCGUAAUGCGAUCUUGGGCAGAGACUCAACUGACGAGGAAAUAGAAUUCUUACGAGAAAACCCAAGUGGUUGGGUAUCUUCGACGAAGGCAGAAAGUCAAUAGCUGGCGGGUGCUGCUGGAAGGGGCGUAUCCCAUGUGAUGCAUCCACAUGUAUCAAAGCACAAUACCAUAAUAGACCCUCAUCAACCGCCACGUUUGGCAGCAUCAGGGUCUCAAAAAGGGUGCAGGUCAUACAAGGGUAUCUUGGUCUGCGAAAGCAGUGCCGAUUAGGAUUUGAGUACGAUUAGAUUUCGAUCAUG